AUGGACACACCGGCGACGAACCGACCCAGCGGUGCCUUAGAACCGGAGCUAUCUCCGAUGUCCAAGAAGGUGAGACAUUUCGAAAAGUAUUCCCGGAAAGGUGGCCGUUGGAGCUGGAAGCGACCUUCCUACGAGCGUGACGUCGUGAACCUGGUCAAGACAGAGAGGAGGAUCGAGGAAGGGAUAGCAUCCGCGCUCACGGAGGUGGAUGCGGUAGAAGCCGGUCUCAGGUACUUCGACGAACUCAUCAUUCCGCAGAACAAGCACGUUGGGAUUCAGCAGCAGUUGAUUUCGUCGAACGGGCAGGAUGAGAGUAACGGCGUCGACACCCGUAAGGCAUCACGGGAUGGCCCGGGUUCACGAUCGAAGGGUCCCAGAGCACAAGGCGGAAGAAGCCGAGACGAAGGGAGAGCAGGAUUUACUAGGUCGGAGGGGGCGAAACUGCGAGACUACGUCGCGGCGAAAAAGAACGUCGUUGGCGUCGGCAACAGCAUCAUGACCAGCAGCGACCGAGCGGUCUCGGAGUGCGUGGACCUCAAGCUCACUCUCAAACAACGCUUGGACAACUAUGACCGGCAGCGAGGAAUAAACGUGACGGCACUGAAAGACGAGGAAAAAUCAGAAGCCCAGCUUGUUUCAUUCAAGCAGCAAAACAAUCACGAGAUGAAGGCAAAGCACAGCAAGAGAUCAGGCGGAGGCACCAUCGGUAGCAACGUCGAGGGAGGAAACCAAGGAGGCAUGAUUGCUCCGUGCUGCGAGGGCGGGGCGACCGAUGCCGGAAGCGUAGGGGGAAUCUUGGCGCGAUCUCUCGGGAACGCCGGGACACGGAGACGUCGAAGGAUGACCGAGGGAGGGGGAAAAGGCCGAAGCAUUCCAGGCAGCAACCAAGACAAGGAGGUUUCUGCUCCGCAGUCUCGGUGGCGGUCAUGGAACGAACCUCCGCCACGCGCGCUGCUGACGGCAGAGGAAAUCCGGAGCGCUUCGGCGGCCAAGACGACGGACGAGAGGCGACGGCAACCACCGCCGCCAGAAGUGAUCGCUGAGAUCAUUCCACCCUUUCGGAGUCGCAGAAGGUUCCGAACUCCCAGCGGCAACAGUAACGCUUCCGAUGAGAAAGGCAAGCCGACAGAACACGCCGCCGCCGGUGUCUCGCUGGAGUCGGGAGAGGGCGAGAAACGCAGAGAUGGAUGCAACGGGGAGGGACUAGUGUCUACGACCACCGCUGCGCCUUCGUCUUCCCGACGGACAGCUGCAGGCGGCGUGCCGCUGGUCCCGAGGGUAGCAACGCUUGCCACCCCGCCGGCCACAGAGAAGAACAAGACGGAAGCGACCAAGAAGGGGAAGGACUUCGACCCAGAUCAGCUGGAGUGUGUGCGACGGCACGAGGCGAGCAUCGCUGAGAAGGAGCGGAUGGUGCACAGCAUACGAGAGGAGGCGGAAAAGCGGACGUUUUUUCGAGCUCGACCGUUGCCGGCGUUUCUUGAUGGCGACGGCGCGGUGCCCUGGUCCGUUGGUGAUUUGACCAGCAAGGGUUGUGGUGAUGCUCGCGGAAAAGGCGGCAAGAGCGGCCGCGGAUCAGCCGCAGGCACCGGGUUGGGAGAGGCGGGAACACGUCCCGAGCUGUUGGCGGCACUAGAGCAGGACGAGGAGGCGCAAGCGUUGGUUGAGAAGAUUCGCAAGAUCAACCCCCGGGCGGACAUCGCCUCCAUCGUCCUUCAGUCGACCCCACGGACACCCUUGUCGUUGCCGCUGACAUCGCGAAUCAACAACGGCGGCGGGCGAGUAACCCGGCCCUUUUUUUCCCAGGGGGGGGUUCUAACUCCUGCUGGAAAUGCUACCCACACGGCUACCACCGCUGCAACCGGAUUAAGCUGGUCCAAGAACAACACGGCAUCUAGACCCCUGAUGUCAGUUGGCGUUUCAGACCAGUCAACACCGGGGUUAAAGAGCGAACAUAAAUCGCCACAAUCCGUUGUUCGUGUCGAUGGAAGCGACGCAAGAGAACGGAGUGAAGGACGAGCCGAAGAAAGCCACGUCACGCGAGUGUCAGGAAUCUGCGAAAGAAAACCAGAGGAUGGGCAGGAGCGAGGCAUGUUGGGAACGGGGGACCAACAAGUCCGUCAUCAUAUGGCGACGGGCGCUUCGGCGUCUGCUACCUCUGGGCCGGCGAGCGCACCAGAAAAUGACGGCGAGGACAGCGGGGAUCCUCGGUGCGUUACCGAGAGCAGGAGGCGAAGCUUGAUGGGGAGGAUGCUAGAGAGUGGCAUGCUAGAGAGACAGAAGGAGUGGGCCAAAGCCCGGAGUAAGAAGGUGUUGGAGUCGAGGAGGCAGGUCGAAGCGGCGAAGGAGCAGGAAGGGAAGGGAGACGCCCUUGUUGCCGGGCUAAGCGGUCGCAGCUGGUCGAAGGCAAAAACGGAGCACCUGCGUUCCCUUGAGCGACAAAGGAAGGAGGAAGAGACACGAGAGGAAAUCCGAGAAGCACGACGACGAGCGUCGGAGUUGAGAGCCGAGCGGGAGCGCGAGUCCGCGGAACGGAGGGCCACGGAGAUUGCCGAUACUCUGGCGGCCGCCGCAGAUGCAGUCGGAGCCGGCACCGGAAGGGAGUCCCGCACAGCGCCCAACUCCCGAGGUGGCGGGGGAAGGCGUAGGUUACGAAGGCCGCCACCGCCGCGACGCGCGAGGAGCCACGCUGGAGACGAGGGACAUGUCAACAGGACUGGCGAUGGCGGUGGUAUCGUGUCGAUGACGGCCAAUGAGCGACGGCAAAAGACGGAGGGAGAAACUUCCCCCGACGGUGGAAACCACGUCACUCCAGUCGUGGCAACAGAGGCAAAAAACGACUUGUCCGAAGACUCUUUCUACCGGGUGGCCGUCGAAAAGAUCAUGGAGAAAGAGAGACUUGGCGUCGCGAGCCAUGGUCUACUUGGUGGUAGCGGAAGCGGUGGGGGUGGUGGAGAUGGUGGCGACGGUGGGAAAAGCGGAGCGGGAAGCAGUGGUAGACGCCGGACCAGCUGUAGCGGCAGGUCGCACGACCGAUCGAGGAAGGGAGCCGCGGCUGGUCCACUUCUGUUCCAUCUUCCUCGCGGCGCAGCGGCAGGUCGACGAACUAGAACAAAGUCGGGAGCACCGAUGCAUCAAAGUCAAGCCCGUGGUGCCAACGGUACCCCCAACAGCACGGUGGGGAGGAGAAGGUCUUGGGAGAUCCAAACGAGCAGGACAUCAGAACGACACGCCGUCACACCUCCGACACUAAGCGCUGACAGGGCGUUGGCGCGAACAAGCAGCCUCCUGUCUCUGUACGAGGCGCAGUCCGUGGAGCACGUCGCCGGGAUUCGCAGGGACAACAGCGGUCCAUACCUGGAUGACGAUGACGCACUAGGCCCGUCACGCGAUCACACAUCUGCGGGAUGGCCUGGCGGUGAAGCGCAAGAUCGCCUUACGCUUGCCGGCCAAGAGCAGCUGAGCGUCCUAGUAGCAACGUCUGGAGCCGAGAAAUUCACCCCCAGUGGAGGAGCGGCGGGAGCCAUGGAUUACCCGUGGUCUGACGAGAGGCGAGCAUCUGGGAGUCGUGGGAGCGGCGGCGGGGCUCGUCACAUCGUAGAAGGCGGCACCCGACUGGACGCGGCCGCUGCCACCGUUAGUGGAAGUCCACGGUGGAAUGAUGUCCUCAAUAUUGGGCAACAGCUAGACCAAGCUAGAGGCACAAGCGCUAACGAAGGAGAAGAACACCCACGACGACGACGGGGUGGCGAUGUUGGUGGAGGAGCGGUUACUCGUCUCGGUGGAAGAUUUGAUCUGUGGAACGAGAGUGACGACGAGGUGAGCGUGACGGAGGCCGACCGCCACGAGCACCACACAAACCUCGAGAGGCGAAACGAACAUCACGCGUCCGGUUCGAAUUCUCAAGCGUGCGAGGGAGCAGGUGCACUGGAUUCCGGCGACGAUGGCGGUCAUGCAAUGGACAGCUUCCUGAUGCCAGCACAAGGGACAGGUUUUCCUGUGACAGCACAGGCAGGCGGUUUCUUCGACGCGGCGACAAGCUCUGCGGACAAGGGCCGCUUGAAGGUCAUCACCGUCAUGUUUGACCGGUCCAAGUUCAACGAGCAAGAAGCGCACCGCUGGUGGCUCGCGAAUGGCGCAAGGAUCGUGAAUAUCAGCGACCGCGGAUGA